AAUCCGGAGCCCGGCGCGAGGACAACAAACAAUAUUGCCCGUCCUCCGAGGUGACAUGCAGGCAAAUGUUUACGGAGAGGGCUCUCGCUGAAGCGGGCUGUUUGCAAAGAUUUUGCUGCUAAUUGCGUGUGAGGCGGAAGGCUGCGGAAGGCUGGUCAAGUUUGGAGCCGCCGAGCAGGAAGAGAAGAAGAGGAGGAAGCUGAAGGCUCUCAGUGAGGGGAGAGAUCUGGGGAAGACAACAUCUCGAGCACCAGCCCUCGGCUCCCCUCCUCCUCUCCCGCCCGGGCUCGCUCGCUCUCUUCCCCCUCUCCCUGGGCUCCUUUCGCCGCUGGCACCUUGCUCCAUCCCUCUUCCUCCCUGUCCCUUCCCUGGCAGACUCCACUCCAGAUCUGCGCUACUACCUGCAAACUUUUUUCCUCUAUCUUUUUUCUUGUUUUCUUUUCGGAGUGGAUUCCCUCUAAAUCAACAAACAAGUAACCGCCGCUUUUGCAUCUUCUUCAUCCCACCGGAGAAGAGAUGCCACGAGGGUUUUAACUCUUUUCGACCGCUACUUGGGAGAGCAUCGCAUUUUUUUCUCCCUCUCCCCCAUUUCUUUUUAUUCUUAAUUUUAUUUUUUUGAGACCUGCCCUUUUAGUUCCGCAGCCAAACGCUCUUAGUGCCGAGUGUUUAGAGUUUAAUGAGUGGCAAUGUGUAGCAAAGCGGUCCUAGCACUCCUGGUCUAUGGCAUAAUAAUGCACUGCAGCGUCUACUGCUCCCCUGCGGCUGGACUUCAGUACCCGGCGCUCAGGUGCCCUCGGGGCAGGACGGGGGGACGGGAUGUGCGGUUCCGCUGUGAUCGGAGGGUGCCCAGGGUGUCCUCGCUGGGACCCUGGGCUGUCCCCGCGCGAAGCGAGUCUCGCUGGGGAGACCGUGGGGCCCGGCCGCGCAGUGCCCCCUCCGCGGGGCUCCGCAGCCGCCAGGGCCGGGGCCGGGGCCUCCGCUCGGAGGACGGGCGGGCAGGCGGGCAGGCGGCAGAGCCGGGGCCGGUGGGAGGGCGCGCGGCCGUCCCGCGCUGCGCCGCGCCGCUCAGCGCGCUCUGCCCUCCGCGCAGGCACGCCGAUGGCAUCUUCAACAAAGCCUACAGGAAACUCCUGGGCCAGUUAUCCGCGAGGAAAUACCUGCACUCCCUCAUGGCCAAGCGGGUCGGCGGUGCCAGCAGCGGCCUGGGGGACGAGGCGGAGCCGCUCACCAAGCGGCACAUAGACGGCAUCUUCACGGACAGCUACAGCCGCUACCGGAAACAAAUGGCUGUCAAGAAAUACUUAGCAGCCGUCCUGGGGAAAAGGUAUAAACAAAGAGUUAAAAACAAAGGACGCCGAGUAGCCUAUUUGUAGCGAUGAGUAACCAGCCACUCCUGUGUAUACAAAGUCCUAAAAAAGAGAGAGAAAGAGAGAGAGUGAGAGAAAGAGAGAGAGAGAGAGAGAGAAACCCAACAAAAAAAAACAAAACAAAACAAAACAAAAACAAAAGUCAUUUCAAAACUGACUGAACAAUCACCGCUCCUGUGUUAUCUAAACAUGUAUUUAUGUAUGAAGUAAAGCCAUUAAAUGAAUAUUUUGAUAAUAAUAUUGUUUUUCUUUUGUACAAAAGCACUAGAGAAACGCACAGAUCUACUUUGUGGACCAAUCAUUAAGUUAUAUAUAAUAUAUAAAUAUAUAUAUAUAAAUACUAUUACGAAUACUAAAGAACAAAUCUUCAUAUAAAGCCUGCACAAGAACAAGAAUUCGCCUGAGCUGUUUAUGUUUUUAUAUAAAACAAAUAGAAAAAAAAAGACAAUCAUUGUUUUGAAUAUUACUCCUAUUUUUGUAACGGAAAUUAAAAAGGAUAGUAUUUUUAUCCACGACAGGGUCGAAGACAUUAAUUUUCACCAUUUGCUACUGUACAUAGAGAAGGAUGCCCUGCUCCCAGGGGAUUAUGAGGAAAAUGAUUUGGGAGAAUUGCUGAAGCAGAUUCUUCCCCCGGUGAGUCUCAAGGCAGGCUCCUUUGCCACUAGCCUCUCUGCAGGGGCACAGUCCCCUCUGCUCUAGAUUUCGAUUUCUUUCUGCUUUCUUUGAUUCCAGAUGUAUCUGUACUAGUGUCUCCUCAAACAAUGAGCUUAGACGAUAAUUCUCUUGUGGCGAAAACAACAGCUCGAUCCAAAUUGUGCAUCUCUGUCGAUCAGUAGUGGA